AUGGAGACUCUAUAUACAUAACCAGCAAAAGAAAGACUAGAAGCUAAAAAUUAGCAAUUUGUUCAUAAAGUUCUAGAUAGAUUCGAAUUUGAUUUGGGAUCCAGUUACUCCUUCCUUGAUCAAUAUAGAGAGCUUAACCCAAAGCUAUCUUAUGCUAGUAACAUUUAAUUGCCUGCAGUAGUUGAGUUCAUAGAUUAGAACAUCAAAGUUGAUUAUCCCGAUGAAAAUAAAAUGGUAAAUAAGCCAGGAUUUAUGAGGCAAAUAUUAGAUUUUAAACAAUCAGAGGAUAUUUUAGUGGAUGAUAGCUCUGAAGUUUAAAUAGACACAAUAACUUCUUAUGAAAAUAGACAAGCAAAUAGUUAUGAUUUAUAGUCACAACAGAAUUAAAAAGAAGUGAUAUAAGAAAAGGAAAAGCUGAAGCAGGAGAUGCUGGAAUUAGCAGCUAAGAAUGUAAAUUUUGUUAAUGAAUAAUAAGAUGAGGUGGCUAAAUAGUAGGAUUUGGACUUCUUAGAUUCUGUACUUGAUUUCAAUUGA